UGGUGCCAUCUGUCGGGUUAUUACAGCACCCUGAGGUCUCGAACUUCUCGCCUAAGAUAACAGUUAAGCAGUAGUCAGUGUUGGAUCCCCAGGCGGCCUACUCCUCUGCCCUCUUUGCAAGCAUGGAUCCUUGGGCAGACAGAAUACUCGAUUCACACUGCCACCUGUACGAACUGGGGAGGUUCAAGUACCCAUGGCCAACGCCGGACUUGACUGCCAUCUUCAAGGACCACCGUGUCGAGGACCUAUGGGCGGCGAUGGAACCUUCACCCGCCCGCGAGGUCGUCUUCGUGCAGUGCCUCAACGACUCGCCAGAAGAAGCCAAAUGGGUAAUGAGCUUGGCCAAGCAGCAUCCCCGCAUCAAGGGCAUCGUGGCUGGACUCGACCCUUCGCACCAGCAGUUCGAGAGUCAGCUGACGGCGCUGAAGUCCGAAGUGCCGCUCCUGGUGGGCGUGAGACAUAUCUUGGACUUGGAACCUCGACCGAAUUACCUGGAGUUAGAGGAGGUGGCUGCUGGUGUCCGAGCCUUGCACCGACAUGACAUGACCUUUGACCUGCUCCUGAGACCCCCGCUGCUGGAGGGGGCGACGGUGCUGGCCAGCCGAGUGCCCGAGGCGAGGAUGGUCGUGGACCACUUGGCCAAACCCUACAUUAAGGCAGGCCAGCUGGACCCGUGGCGCCAGCACAUCGCCGCCCUCGCCCGCUUCCCCAAUGUCUACUGCAAGCUCUCGAGCAUGGUGACUGAGGCAGACUGCGAGAAGUGGAAACCAGAGGAUCUUCGUCCGUAUGUCGAGCAUAUGAUUGCCGUGUUCGGAUGUGAUCGCCUCAUGUACGGCUCCGACUGGCCCGUCUGUCGCCUCGCAAGAGCGGACUACGACACCGUAUUUUCCACUCUACGCGGACUCCUGAGCCACCUGCCGGAGCAACAGCUGGAAAAGAUCUUCUGCAACAACGCCAGGAACUUCUACAAAGUUUAAGGCGUUUCGUUGAGUUAUUACUUUAGGUGAUCGAAGAAUUUUGGGUCCUUCUUGUCUGUUUUUUUUUUUUUUUUUUUUUUUGUCUUUUUCUCAUUUUAGUUAUAGUUUUUUUCUCUUUUUGUGUCUU